CUCCAGAGUCCCAGGACACACGCCCCCCUUGCGUCACAUCAACAGUCACGAGCAGCUGGUCGUCGAUACGCAUAUGCUGCUGCGCCGCCAUGUCUCUCUUCCGGCAGCUCAUGUCCAACAGCAAGACCCGGUCGUCGGGCGGCUGCUGGACGUGCCGGGUGAGGCGGAAGAAGUGCACCGAGAACAAGCCCGAGUGCGACACAUGCAAGGCCCUGGAGAUCACCUGCUACUUCGAGGACGAGAAGCCCGAGUGGAUGGACGGCGGGCCCAAGCAAAAGGAAAUGGCAGAGGCCAUCAAGUCCCAGGUCAAGAAGCAGGCUAGCCACCGCCGCGACCGCAAGUAUCUCGAGAUGCUCGAGGCCGGUACCAAGUCUGUGUCUCUCAGCGAUGACGCCCUGACGCCUUCCACGGCCCGCAAGGAUCGCCACGACGGCACGUCCGGGGCGUCGGACACGGAUCCCUCGCCGCGGAGCAAUGAGAUGGACUCGACGCCCGCGUCCAGCAACACCAACGGCACGUCGCCGUCCGAGGCGCCCUGGCACAGCCAGCUCUUUGUGCGCGAGGAGGACCCGGCCUCGGCCCCGGACGUCGACAUCCACUUCCUCAUGAUUUAUCUCGACUACGUCUUCCCGUAUCUGUUUCCGCACUACCGCCCGCCCGUCCUCGCCGGCGGCCGCGGCUGGAUCCUGGACGUGCUGCAGAGCAACAAGUCCGUCUAUCACACGGCCAUUUCCCUCGCCAGCUCCUUCUUCGCCGUUGUGCUGGCCAACGGCGAACAAGAGCACGAGGAGUGCACGCUGCGCAUGGUGCACAAGCUCGAGACGCAGCUGGAGCUCGGCCUCUCGGAGCUGCGCAAGGAGAUGCGGCUCCUGACAAGCGCCAGGUCGGGUUUCGACAACGAAAAGGCCCUUGUCGUCAUGCAGAGUAUCAUUCAAAUGCUCUUCUUCGAGGUUUCCACGUCUAACAAGGACAACUGGAAGGUGCACUUGGAUGCCGCCGUCUUUCUCUUUCACCAGAUUCUCCCGAACCCAGAGCAGUGGACCGUGACGCUGAACAACCUGUACACACCCAAGUGGCCGCCACCUGCCAUGGGCUUGAGGCGGCCUUGGAGCACCAAUCAGGCGGCUCUGCGCUUCUUCACCGGGACGCUCCUGUACAUAGAUGUCCUCGCGAGCGUCACCCUAGGUAAUGCACCUCGUUUGCAGCAGUACCAAGCGAGCGUCAUCCCUGGCUGCCCGUCCGAGGUCUGCACGCCGGAGCCCGCGCCGGUCGGGCCUCUCAUGUUGGAGGAGUUCUUCGGCUUGCCCAACUGGGUCGUGCAGGUGCUGGGCGAUGUCGCCGCCCUCGAGUCGUGGAAGAGAGUGCAGAAACAAACGGGCUCGCUGUCCGUCAGUGAGCUGGUCUCUCGCGGCCAGGUGCUAGCCGACGCCAUCAAAGGCGGCCUUCAGGUCCUCGAAGCCGGCUACGACACGAGAGCAAAUACGCAGGAAAUCACCUUUCAGCUGCUAGUUUCUGAUCCUGUGGGCGGGGAGGAGGCACGGCGACCAUCGUUCCAGAUAAUAUGGCUGCUCGCAACACUGAGUUAUCUCAACGUCGUCGUCAACGGCUGGCAACCAUCGAGCCCGGACGUCCGUUGGCCUGUGUCCAGGGCCACGGAGCUCCUCUCCAAUGUGCCCAAGGGCUCGUGCCUGCGGGCGCUGGCGUGGCCCAUGUGCGUCUGCGGAUGCCUGUCUCCGGAAGAAGACGAGCCGGCCUAUCGCGCCAUGGGCGAGCGGCUGGGACCACUCAAGAUUUUUGGGACGGUCAAGGAGGCCCUGGAGAUUAUGGAAAAGGUGUGGUCGAGGCGUGGCCAGCUCGACGAGUCGUGGGAUGUGUCCAGGUGUCUCAAUAUUCUGGGACAUGGCGUUUUGCUUAUUUGAUACCCCGGGUAACUUUGGACAGUACACGACGGGCGAAAGACCGUUCAAAGAAUCUUGUUUUUCUUUCUCUCCAUUUGACGAACUAUCAAAGCAACACUUGAUCGGUUCAGCGCCUUAGGAGCUGGGGUAUAGCGAUCAAAAUCAUCAUCUGCGCACGACCACCC